UACAGCCCAUACUUCAUCUCUUUCAGCCAAUGGAUCGUCGUUUCUCUCUCUUCUCUCUCUUCUUCUUGUUCGUCGUCGUCGCGGCGGCUGCGACGACGUUGUUGGAGGAGGUUGCCGUUAGCGCCUCUGAAUCCGGACCCUUCAUACGGCAGGUCGUCGACGGCUCGGAGAACCUCAACAACCCGCGGCUGGGCGCGGAGCACCACUUCGAGCUCUUCAAGCGGAGGUUCGGAAAGUCGUACAAGUCACAGGAGGAGCAUGACCACAGGUUUAAGGUAUUCCGUGCCAACCUGCGCCGCGCGCAUCGCCACCAGAGUCUGGACCCGUCGGCGACUCACGGCGUGACUCAGUUCUCCGACUUGACCCCGUCCGAGUUCCGAAGGUCUUUCUUGGGUCUCAGGAGUCGCCUCAGGCUGCCCUCCGAUGCCAGCAACGCUCCGAUUUUGCCGACCGAAGAUCUUCCUACCGAUUUUGAUUGGAGAGAUCAUGGAGCUGUAACCGCCGUCAAAAAUCAGGGUUCGUGCGGAUCAUGCUGGAGUUUUAGCACAACUGGGGCCUUGGAAGGUGCUAACUUCCUUGCCACAGGGAAGCUUGUUAGUCUCAGCGAGCAACAGCUUGUGGAUUGCGAUCACGAGUGUGAUCCAGAGGAACCGGGUUCUUGUGAUUCUGGGUGCAAUGGUGGGUUGAUGAAUAGCGCCUUCGAGUACACACUUAAAGCUGGUGGACUAAUGCGAGAGGAGGACUAUCCUUACACAGGUACUGAUCGUGCGACCUGCAAAUUUGACAAGAGCAAGAUUGCAGCAUCAGUAUCCAACUUCAGUGUCAUCUCCCUCGAUGAAGAUCAAAUUGCUGCUAAUCUUGUGAAAAAUGGUCCUCUGGCAGUGGCCAUCAAUGCGGUGUUCAUGCAGACGUAUGGGGGAGUUUCGUGCCCAUACAUAUGCUCAAAGAGGCUAGAUCAUGGGGUGUUAUUGGUGGGAUACGGCUCUGCUGGCUAUGCUCCUGUCCGGAUGAAAGAGAAGCCAUACUGGAUUAUCAAGAACUCAUGGGGUGAAAACUGGGGAGAAAAUGGUUUCUACAAAAUCUGCAGGGGCCGCAAUAUCUGCGGAGUCGAUUCCAUGGUCUCAACGGUUGCUGCAGUGCAAACCGCCACCUCACAGUAGAGCAUGACUUAUAAUUUCUUGCGAUAUUCAUCGCCCCGCAUGCAUGUAUAUACAAGGGAUCUGGCAUAUUCUCAUGGCAACCUGAUCCUUAACUUUGUGUAGUCCUUCAAAUUCUCCCAAAACAUCCGACUGAAAUAUGUCAUUGUGUUAAUUUAAGACAAUGUUGUAUUUUUAUGUUUUA